AUGUACGGCCAAUCCGUACACUGGCGCUCGACGCUCAACCACGAUGCAGAGGGGGACAAAGACAACCGAGACGAAGGCAGGGCGCCCCGACAAGACAAUGGGCACCACCAGGAUGAAGACGAGCAGCAGGAGGAAGUCGAAUUUGCCAGUCGAAUUGAAGAGUGGAGGAAACAACGAGCUCAACGCCAGCACCGAGAUCAUCAGCACAAUGGACAGCGUUAUCGGAGACAUAGGGAGAAAUCGCGCCAAGCCUCAUCGUCACCACAGCCGGCCGAUUCACCAUCACCCGAACCGUUACCUGGGAACGCAUCACCCCCAGGACGAUCAACCGUCGACAGGUUGGCCCGCGAGCUGAGCAAGCAAAACUUGCAACACAGCAACCGUGUAAAUGCACAGUCGUCACUGCCAAUGGCCCCUUCGCCAUUGCAAUCGAUGCCUCCUGUCGUGCCUGAGACGCCAUCCAUCGCCGCAGAAACGUUUACAACGCCUUUUCCUGCACAUGUGGAGGUGGAUCAACAAUAUCAACAACCCACAUCGUCUCAGCCACCUACUAUUUUACCAGAGACAGCUGAGAAGCCCGAGGAUAAACGACUCGACUUUAAGGAGCUCCGUCGACAUGCCAGCGCGCGUGCACUGCAGGCUCGCCUACAGGCCAUGAUUGACAACGAAACGCAGUGCAAUGUACGCAGCGAGCCUAUGCCACCACCGCCGCCGCCGCCUGCAGCGACCAUCCCAAGACCGUGGUUGGCACCUCCUGUGGGUGAACCCGUCGUUAUCGAAGUUGACCCAGACUGUGCCAUGCCAAAUUGGGACAGCAGCUUGGAGGUGGACGAAAACGACACCGGUGAUAUUGCGCUUGACGGUUUGGUGUCAUCUGCACGCCACGCACAUGCUCCCAGCGGUGUUAGAAAGCAAUCGAUUGGGGGUGUCGCUCUCCGGUACCGGUUGUCCGUCGACGCGGCGCUUCGCUGCCAAAACGUGGUCAGAAACCGCCCCAGAAUGCGAAAGAGAGACAAGUCGCGCCACGGAAGCACCGUCUCCUCUGCCAUGACGUCGGCCAUCUCUUCACCUGUUGUUGGGCCCACCAUACCCUCAUCCUCGUCCAUGCCGCCACCACCACCACCCUACACUCAACCCUAG